AUGAAUCAAACUAUUUCAUUACAUUGUCUAUAUCUAUUAUUUUUGGAUCAGAUCGUUGUGGAUAAUACUCGUUUUACAAAUGGAUAUCCGGUUUUUGUGGGAACAUGGAACGUGGGUGGAAAAUCACCAGUGGGGACCCUAGCUGCAGAUUUGGAUGAAUGGCUAAAUAUAAAGAACUCAGUGGACAUUUACGUUCUUGGGUUUCAAGAGAUUGUACCUCUUAACACAAUGACAGUAAUUGGAAUGGAAGAUUAUACAGAUGCAAGAAAAUGGAACCUAUUGAUAGGGAAGACUCUCAACAACAAAGAUGGGUGCGUUUGGUUGACACCUACAACGACAACUACCAUAGUAAAUGACGAUUAUCAGUAUGCCAAACCUGCAAAUUCUGAACCGACAGGACUGAGAAGGAGCACAACUCCAAUGAGAGAGAGAGCGAAAACUCAACAUGGUGGGGAGCAAAGUGGAAAUCCUACUUAUAGAUUGAUGGCCAGCAAGAAGAUGGUAGGAAUUUUCAUAAGUGUAUGGAUGAAAAGGGAUAUAAUAAGGAAAUAUCGAAUUUCAAAUGUGAAGGCAUGUCCUGUUGCUUGUGGUUUAAUGGGUUAUUUAGGAAAUAAAGGUGCUGUCUCAGUCAGUAUGUCAAUAGAUGGAACCAGUUUCUGCUUCAUUACUGCGCAUUUGGCUUCUGGCCAGAAAAAAGGGUAUGAAAUGCGAAGGAAUCAACAAGUUGGGGAGAUCUUCAAGCGAACAACCUUCCCUCGACUUCCUCAAGAGUUUGAUGAUUCUCUUCCACCCACCAUAUGUGGACAUGACCGAAUAUUCUGGUUCGGGGACCUGAACUACCGACUAUACAUGGAUGAUGAGAAGGCCCGGGAGCUAAUAAGAAAGAAGAAGUGGAAAGAACUGCAGAAGUUUGACCAGCUCAAGAAGGAACUACAGCGAGGAGUAUUUCAAGGCUGGAAAGAGGGAGAUAUAGAGUUUGCACCCACCUACAAGUACUCUGUGGAGCUUGGCAAUCGAUAUACAGGAGACAAGCACUCCCCAUUCAAUCCAGAUAAAGGAGAAAAGCGAAGAACCCCCGCAUGGUGUGACAGGAUUAUGUGGUUUGGGAGUGGGAUACAGCAACUUUCUUAUUUUCGUGGAGAAAGUAAAUUUUCUGACCAUAGGCCUGUCUCUGCCCUUUUCACCACAGAAAUAGAUGUCCUGGGACCUGCAAAUUCAAAGACAGUCGCAUUAAGCAAGUUUCUUACUUCAAUGAAUCUCUCUAGAUUUGAUAGCCCACGGACCGCUCCUAAACGUACGUUAUUAUCAUUAAUCAAGGCAGAAGCAGAAGAAUCAGCUAGUGGCAAAUCAUCAACUGUAGAUAAUACUGAAAAUAGGUCAUAGCAUUGAGCUGGUGUUUGACAAGGCAUAUUGCUGCAGCUUACCAGGGUUUCAUAGGUGAAGAUAACUCAAUACAUCUCUAAUCAACAUUAAUUGUUUUAUUUUUUUAGCCCCAAAAAAAUUUUCAUUCUUUCAUCCUUUCUUCCACGACACUAUCUUGGGUUGGGAUUGGUCAGAAGAUACUUGGACAUUAGUUGUGAUAUUUCUCCUUUUCUCGUUUCGCUUCUUUUCUUGGUUUUUUAGCAGAAGAUGAACAUAACACAGUACAAAGCCACUGUAAUAUAAGCCAUUCGUGCAAUAGUUGGGGGGAGGGAGGAAGCAUCAAAGUUUUGUAUAUUUCUGAAUUUACCAUUUGAAGAGACUGCAUACAAG